AUGUGCGGGCGCCAGAAGGGCGGCGACAUCGAGGCGGGGACCUCCGGUGGCACUGCUGGCACCGCGGUGCCGGCGCCGGCGCAGGUGCUGUACCCCGGCAUGGCGGAGAGCCCUGCGUUGUGCUGGGCGCUCAUCCGGAAGAUCUACGUCAUCCUCUCCCUGCAGCUUCUCCUCACUGCCGUCAUCACGGCCGUCGUCGUCAAGGUCCCCGCCAUCCCCCACUUCUUCGUCUCCUCCUACGCCGGCCUCGGGCUCUACAUCUUCAUCCCCAUCCUCCCCAUCAUCGUGCUGUGCCCGUUGUACUUCUACAGCCAGACGCACCCAGUCAACCUGCUGCUGCUCGGCGUCUUCACAGUGGCCAUCAGCUUCGCUGUGGGCAUGACAUGUGCCUUCACUAGUGGCAAGGUCAUUUUGGAAGCUGCGAUUCUUACCACGGUGGUUGUCUUCAGCCUCAUUGCUUACACCUUCUGGGCUGCAAGGAGGGGCAAGGACUUCAGCUUCCUUGGCCCUUUCCUAUUUGCUUCUCUCAUCAUGCUGCUCGUCUUUGGGUUCAUUCAGCCUCAUCUUUCUAUACUCUUCCCGCCGGGCAAGCUGUCUCACAUGAUCUAUGGCGCGCUGGCGUCACUCGUCUUCAGUGGCUACAUUGUCUAUGACACGGACAACAUCAUCAAGCGUUACACGUAUGACGAGUAUAUCUGGGCUGCCGUAUCGCUCUACCUUGACAUCAUCAAUCUGUUCAUGGCACUGCUGAACCUGUUUAGCGCGGGUGACAGCUAA